AUGCUUAGUUUGAUACAAUUGAGAUUUAUCCUUUGCAUCCCUGGGUUCGACCCCAAGCGGGGUUCAGGAAAAACCACAUUUUUGGACAAUUUCUCAUCAAUCUUGACCCCCUCACCUUCUAAUUACACCGAUCAGGCAAUUCUCUCAGAAGGUCAACCUUGCCCACGUUCUGAAAAAACCCCGUUCGUAUGGACAUUACAUCAAAAUCUCAUUUCCCAAGAAUGGCGUAAGAUCGUAGUCCUCUUGGAAAACCUUGAUGGAAUACCUUACUCAGCAGUGAUGGAAAGGAACCAAGUGCUCCGAGAUGCAUUUACCGAUUUCUUGGCUUUGAAAGCGGACGGUGAAUUGAAUCAACAUGAAUCGGAUGCGUUCGAUCUUACAUAUAGUUCCUACCAGCAACGUUUCUUGCGAUUGCAUCGACCGUUCUUUCUCCGUGGAUAUCGAGAUACCCAAUUCGAUUAUUCCAGAAUUACAGUGGUGAAUGGAGCGCGACAAAUUGCCAAGACUCAUAGGAGAUUACUAAACGAUAGUUCAGACCGCUCCAUUGUGAAAAGUGCUGUCUUCAUGUUUCAACAUCACAUUACGGCAUUACCUAUCCUCCUGCUCAACGCACUACAUGACCGUUCAUCUUCGGCUCAAAUGAGGAUCGAAUUAAUGGAAUCUUCAGAAGCGUUCAUGAGGUCUUUCAAUUCUGGUUUCCAACUUCAUACGCGUAUAGCUGCUAAGGGAGUUUGUAUAGCGGAUGAAAUGAUCAAAGUAAUUGAUAAUCCACCUGAAAAUUUGCAAAAUAUAGAAGAUCUCCUUCAAUCCAUUAACGUGCAAUCAAAAGCUGCCGAGAUGAAAUUACUGCAAACGAAUAUGGAUACGAACACGAACACGGAUGCCAUAAACAGUACAAAUAUCAACUCAUACUUGGAUACUCGACAACCACAAGUCGACGUUCAAGCUGGCUCAAAUCUGAUGACAGGAGAUCAAACCAAUAUGCUGACUCUCUUGCCGAAUGCCGAACAGAAUUGGUGGGAUACAGACUGGAUGUUGUUCCUUCGAGAUAUGUAG